AUGGCAGGCCAACAGCAGCAGAUUAUGGAUACCAUCUUCGCCAUGAAGCGGAAGAUGCUGCGAAGAGACGACUCCGACACAGAAGAAGGCUCGUCUUUGGACAGCAAUAAACAAGAUCUGCGCCGAAAAGUCCGCUAUCCACGCGCGAGCGACCCAGACUUCCUGUCAGAUCCCCGCCCAUACAAGAAGCGCAUCGAACAUGCUGGUUACCACAGAUCCAUCCUGCAACGCAACCCACCGCGCUACGAUGCGGAUGGCGACAUUGUUGAGCCUGACGACGAGUAUGACGAAGAGGACCAUCUGGAAGCUGUAGAGGAGAACCCGUAUGGCGACAUUCGCUUGGAGAGUGUACUUGCGCCCUUGACCUCGGCCGCUCAUCUCGCCAAUCAUCCAGCCUUGAGUCUCGCAUACACUUCGAAACACCUCACAGACCUAGCCAACGAAGCAGGCAGUUUGUCGCGCAAGGAAAAGGUCCAAAUCGCACGCGCGAAGGGCUUGUUUCUCAAACUCCAAGGAGACUCUGAUUUUGCGCCGGCUGCCUUGGCCGCUAUGACCAAUGCGCCAUUUUCAAACCCUGUCGUCAAUGGUAUACAUGAGCACGCCGAGCACGACGAGCAAGAAGACACCCGUGACGUUGAGAUGCAGGAGACGGUAGAAGACACACAGGUCAAUGGGUUGCACCAGAAGGACCGAACCAAUGGCAGCACAACCCCUGAACAAGCUGAUGGCGGCGAUACGACAAUGAACGGGACACAUGAUGGAGACCUCGGAAGACUGGAAGAGAAUGGCCAAGGCGCAAACUCUCUCACAGCCGAUGAUGCGUCUGACACUGGCUCGCAACACACAGCCCAUCGGAUGACCACUCGCGCAAGAGCACAUGCGGCCUCUACCCCCUCUCCGCCCCAGUCCCCUUCGGGUAACAGCAACGCGAUUCAUCCGCUAUUCACAUUUCCAACCGAUUCGUUACCUGAUCGCGAUUUUGGUCUUCCACCUGGCGAAGCCGAGGAGACACGCAUGCUGCUCAUGGCCUAUGUACAAAAGCAAGAAGAGAUCGCGCGCAUCACUUUGGAUCUCCAUCAUGGCCUGCUGCAGGCAGAUCGUAUGCGGCAAGAUGUAUACAAAUGGUCCAAAGCCGAAGCCCAUGUCGGAGAGAUGAGCGAUGGUGAAGACUGGUACGACAAUGAAGAAUGGGGCCUAGAACAAGACUUGGUAAAAGGGGAAGUACGCAGAAACGAGUCCGGUUCGCGUCAGCAGAUUCCGUCAUCAGAGAAGAAGUGGAAGAAGAAAAAGAAGAAAAAGAAGAAGAAGAAGAAGAAGAAGAAGAAGAAGAAGAAAAAGGAAACUAUUGCUAGGCGAUAUCGAUCAUCGAAUUUGACCGGACUGUCAAGAUCGACAAACGCCAAUCGAACAUGCCCAGCAUGUAGCGCCUCGCUCCACAAUCCAGACGAUGUGGUCAUCGCAGGCCUGAACCCUUCUGAAGAUUACAAGACCAGUGUCCUUUCUGGUCUCAGCCCGACGCUUAUAAUGGAAUGUGCAAGUCGCGGCUUGGCCUUCCAUAGUUACCAGACAUCGCAGGAGAUAGUUUAUCAAGAACAUCUUGCCAAGGGACUAACUGAAAAAUACAAUGUCUUGAGCCAACAGAUGGACCAGCUCAUCCAUGACGCAAACGCUCAGAUCAAGGCACAUCAGGACAAGAUGCAAGCCAUGCAAGCGGAGCAAGCCUCCCUCGUGAGCAAGAACCAGGAGCUCGCCAAUGCUUUCAAGGAAAGAGCCAAAGCGCUAUCACAGACGCAAAAGAUGUACCAGGCCCUCAAGGCACAAGUCAUGGCGUCCCAGGUUGCCAAUGCUGCUGGGGAUGAAGCAGAGUAUGCCCUCAAUACAGCUCGUGGCCAUCGCUUCAUCGAUCGACUUCCAGGCGCCCGAAUCGGUUCUGCAAACUUCCACCGCAUGGCCGAUCGCCAGCAAGGCCAUAAGCGGGCGCAUGAUCGCAACCAUAGCAGGAGCUCUGGAAGCAGUGGCCAUUUACAGUCAGGUGUGGUCGGCGGUGCCGGCCCUUCCUUCGCAUCCCAUCUGCAAGGUCGAGGUUUAGAUGGCAGGAAUUUCACUGGUCAAUCUGCACCCGCCACAACACCCUCACAAGCUCACAGAAGCCGUCUACCCGUCCUCGGCGGAAGCAACCAGAACCCUUAUCUGAGCCAGAACGCCAAUGUCCCCUAUCAAGCUUCUCCAUCCACCAGACUGCCGCUUGGUAGCGGUGUUGCUGCACGCCAGAUGGGCAAUACGCCGUUUGCAAGGACUUCGGCCAGGGGGAGCGCGAGUAACAAUAGUACGCGUCCUUUGGGCCGAUGA